AUGUCUCUAGGCAAGAAGGUCACCCUCAACACCGGCCACCAGAUCCCCCAGCUGGGAUUUGGCACCUGGCAGUCGGCUCCCGGCCAGGUUGGUGAGGCUGUCUACGAGGCCCUGAAGGCGGGCUACCGUCACCUGGAUCUCGCCACGAUCUACCAGAACCAGCGCGAGGUUGCCGCCGGCAUCAAGCGCGCCUUCCAGGAUAUUCCUGGCCUGAAGCGUGAGGACCUGUUCAUCACGUCGAAGUUGUGGAACAGCCAGCACCGCCCGGAGGUUGUCGAGGCGUCGCUGGACGCGUGCCUGGCUGAGCUGGAGCUCGACUACCUGGACCUGUACCUGGUGCACUGGCCCGUCGCCUUCCAGAAGGGCGAUGACUACUUCCCUCUGAUUGCCAACAGCACCAUUGAGGGUGGCGAUGUUGUCAUUGACGAUGGCGUGUCCAUUGUCGACACCUGGAAGGCCAUGACCCAGCUCCCCAAGAGCAAAGUCCGCUCCGUCGGUGUCUCCAACCACACCAUUCCUCACCUCGAGGCCCUCAUCAAGGGCACCGGUGUCGUGCCCGCUGCUAACCAGAUUGAGCGCCACCCCGUGCUCCAGAGCAAUGACUUGAUUGAAUACUGCCAACAGAAGGGCAUCCACAUCACCGCGUACUCUGCCUUCGGUAACAAUAUGCUCGGUCUUCCGCUGCUUAUCACUCGCCCUGAGGUCAAGGAAGUCGCCGAGUCGGUUUCCAAGCGCACUGGCAGCGAGGUCACCGGUGCUCACGUCAUCCUCGCCUGGUCCCAGGUCGGUGGCCACAGUGUCAUCCCCAAGUCGGUUACGCCGUCGCGCAUCCGUGACAACUUCAAGGAGGUGGAGCUUACCCCGGAGGAGAUCCAGAAGGUCAGCGCUCUGGGCAAGGACCGGAGGCGCUUCAACACCCCUCUCACUGCCAACAAGCCGCGUUGGAACAUCAACAUUUUUGGUGAGCCCGAGGAGCAGUCUGCUGGCCACAAGGUCAUUGUUUAA